GGUGGUGGUGGUGGAGGGGAGGCGGCGGCGGGUAGAGGAGUAGGAGGAGACGCGGCAAAGGAAAGGAAAGGAGGAGGAGGAUGACCUCGGCGGCAUCGCAGGAGCUGAAGGUGGAUUUUAUUCUCGCUCUGCUCCACGACAGAGGGGGCAAGAUAAAAUAUGCAGAGCUGGUCAACAUGUUUGAGACGGUUCUGUUCCAGGCCGCGCCAGACGCCAGGGAUAGAAACCGAAAACAGUUCCAAGAUAUCCUUUCAAAAGUUGGUUUUAUCACAGAAGAAGAGAGAACAAAGUAUGUUGUCCUUAAACCAGCUAGCGAUGGUGCAUUUGGAGUUGAGGAAGAGACAUUGUCAGCUUUUGUAGAUGAUUCAAAGAGAUCUGUUGACACUGACUUCCCUGACGAAGCUCCAGCAAACCUGCUGGAAUGGUGGGUUUUGGAUCCAUCAACUCGGGCAGGAACAGAGGAAGCUCUGCUUGAAGAUGAAAAAGAUGACAGAAGUAGCUGCAUACCAUUCGUUGUGAUCACACAAGCAGAUGAGAAAGAGACCAAAUCUGAAAUGAACAAACGUGACCCAUGGCAGGACCUGAAUGGUGAUGUAGAGUCUCUAAAAAGUGAGUCUGGCUCAGUUGGGAGUGAGGCUGCUGCAUCUGUUUCCAUAAAGGGUGAUACUGACCAAGAAGGAACUGAUGAUGACCUUCAAAGUAUUACAACUUCAUCUGUCAACUCCCUUUUCCAACGCUUACAGCUUGAUCCACUGGAACAUGAUUGGAUCCGCUAUGCUGCUAUGGGAAACACAGCUGCUCUGACUCACCUUUUGCUCCAGGAUCCAACUCUUGCAUCAAAGAAGGACUUCAACUCUGGGACAGCACUCCACUGGGCAGCCAAGCACGGCAAGGAAGAGAUGGCAGAGAUGAUCGCUAAAACUGACAUUGAUGUCAAUGUUAAAUCCCAUGGGGGCUAUACAGCAUUGCAUAUAGCAGCUCUUCAUGGCCACCGACACAUCAUUGUGCUGCUGAUCAACACAUACAGUUUCAGGCCCCACAACAUAACUGUGAACAGAGGGAACUGUGAGUCAAUCAGAGUUUUUCACUAGCCUUCUUCUCUACAAACAAUGAUCCAAGAUCCACAGAAAAAAGGCUAGAUAGUCCAGAACACCACCGAUUUCUCCUCUUCCCAGAAGAUGCCUCCCAUCACCCAAACCCUGGCUACGGUCCCAUACUGGAAAUAGGAGAGAUUACAAGCUUGGCAGUAUCGUGGAUUUACCACUACUGACAGGCGGAUAAUCAGAUUAUUGCUGGCAGUAACAUCGCUUGCGGGUUACCACCAGUGAGACAAAUGUACCACAGGUAUCAGCCAUGUACACGGUUUGGAACCCAUCAUAUUUUAUCUCACAGUGCACUAUUAUAUAAGUGGAUUUCCACCAUUUUUAUACAUAUAAGAUGUAUGCUGCAGACCUAAAGUGAAUUUAUUUUGAAUAAUGCUAUAGUUUUCUCAUUUACAACGAUAGUAUAGUUUAGGGCCAGUGACAGAGCUUUGAAUAGGAUAUGUACACUGUCUAGACUCCAGAAGAUAGAUGAGCAAUUAACAGAUUAGCAUUUGCAGUGGUGAGAAAGGGGAUAUGGAGUGGAAAACGAAACAUUGAACAGAAAAUUACCCUUAUCAUAGAGAUGCAGUUGCCUCCGUACACUAAGGAUGGUUGAGCAGUACAUGCAAAAUUGCUCACAUUAACUGCUUAUAGCCUGGAUAUGGAACAACCCCAAACAUGAGAAUUAACACUUGGAGGGCUUGAUUUGCAUUUCAUUUCACAAUCCAAAUAUUUAGUCCUCACCUCAAACAAAUGCACCUAUUCUGUCACAGUUAAAUCACCCUCAAUCCUGCUGCUCACUUACUAACAAAAACACAAGACUCCCUUACAAGGCCUGUCAUCUGCUUUUAUAAUCAAUCUUAACUUGGCAUCAAUUGACUUCCUGGCUUCCACCCCCAACUAUCAAAGGAUCCAUAGUCUUACUAUACUGUAUGGUAUCCUUCCUUAUAUUAGCUGGGGGUGUAUUCUUUUAAAAAGGGAAAAAAAGCUACAAAUGCAGGAAAUCCGAAAGUAGAAAAUGUAUAGCUUUUCAGUGAACAUCUGAAAACGAAGGAUUAGCUAACUUAGAUAAGAUCCACCAUUAAAAUGUUUCUGAUCAAAAACAUUAACCUCGAUUCUUCUUCAGUUGCUUUGUUUUUUUGUAGUGCCCUAUAAAGGAAAGGGCAAAGCCCUUGAACUUGAGGUCAGGCACCACAAAGGGAACUAUUGAUUAUUAUUAUUAUACUUUAAAAUGGUGCAACCCACCACCCCACUGUACAAUAUUCUAUGGUGGAGUAAAUUCUGUGAUAUAAACCUGUUGCUCUAUAUUCAGUGGGAUCUAAAACAUUGCCAUUUCUAAUAGAAAAUUCCUUAACUCUGCAAGCUCAUCACCCCAGUCCUUACCAAGAUCCAAACU